GGAGAUUUGCCCGGUCUAGGUCAUACUUCGUGUUCUUGUUGUGUGUGUUAUAUUACGGGUCGAGUGUGUCCAGGUCAAACCCGGUUAACCCACCCCGCUAUAUUUUACACCAUCAUCUUUGGCGCCAUCCGUGGGAUCGAUUUUUAAAGUUUUUUUCGACCAGGUCAAAACUUUACCCCCACUAAAUAUCCACAAUCAUGUCUUCGAGCAACUACAACGCUAUGUCAAGUCAGGCUGCAAGUGAAAGCACUCCUGCCAUCCCAUUGAUGAUGUCGAGCAUGGGGACGACCUUUGCUCCGAUCACCACUGUAGGAUCGAUUGGCAUGAUCCCAAUCAUGUCAACCCCUACUCCUACGUCGACGACAACAAUGUUCCCAGGCUCGAUAACAACACCUGGUGGAGCAUUCACACCAUACCCGUCAGCUUGGGCUCAGUUUGCUGCUCACCCGGCAAAUGCUCAAGCUCUACAGGGCUAUCAACAGGUGAUGGCCAUGAUGCAACAGGCAGGGGGCUUCAUGCCAUUUGCCUAUCCCGGCAUGACGCCACCAAUCAUGCCACCUCCAGUGUCGACCCCGUCGACAUUUGUCCCUAGGAUGGUCCCUAUACAUUCGGUGAAUUUGACGGGGAUUAUGAAUGAAGCAGCGCCCUCAAAUGUCCAUGAAAUCGAUGAGGCGGAGCAGGAGGCGGCCCGCAGGAGGAAGGGUAAGGCUAUAGCCAAACCCAGCAAGACUCGAGAUUCGGUGUUCAAACGCCUAGGGGACAAAGAGGAUGGACCCCGCAAGUCCGCCAAGCUACGUCUUGGUCCUAAGAAGGAAGCAGAAAGCCAGCCGAGGGCGUCGGCAUAUACCAGGCUCUCAUACGAUGAGGAUGACCUGGAUAAGAUAGGGAGCGUAGCAAGGAAACUACGUGCCCUGGAGGAAAAGGUGGAAGAGAAGGCGGGAGCAAAAAAGUACACCUUGGCUAAAUCUCCCUUUUCGGCCAGGCACAGAUGGCCGGGUACACUGAUGCUGAGGAAUGCCUACUCUUCUUCUCAUCCUUGAGAGGGAGGCCAGUGGAAUGGUUUAACGGCCUUCCCCAUGGCAGGAUUGGGUCCUU